AUGCCAACGUCUAGUGCUGCAGCUAAUGGUUUGUAUCAACCGAAGCAUCAUUUAAGAAAGGUUAAUCCAGAACCAACUAAUAGUAAUGCAUUUUCAAAUGGGGAUGAGAUUGAGGAUAUUCAAUGGGCUGAAUCAUCAUCCAUACAAUGGGCUCAAUCGUCAUCCACACAAUGGGCUCAAUCAUCAUCGACACAAUGGGGAACCUCUCCUUCAACAAUAGCAUUUUCAAAGUCCGCUAUUAAAUCCGGUUCCGUAAAAUCGAACAAUGGUCAAUCAACUGAGAAAAAAUCACCCACUUCGAAUGGGUCUGUAUUGUCAUCUUCAUCUGUGUGUCACUACUAA